CACUGUUACACUAAGAGAAGCAGAGAGAGACCGAGACUUGUUUUCUGUUUUUAGGAUCAGCAUAUCAUGAGCAAUCAAGUGGAAAAAUAAACAAGGCCACCGAGAGCUGCCUCUGCACCGACUGAUUGGAAUUAACUGACACAUUUCCAUCGGAAAUUUCAUUCACGCUUCUUCACGGGGGAUCCUUCUGGUGGGAAUUAUAUGACACAGUAAAACUUUAUCAAGAACUCACGCCUCGUAUGGGAAAAUAGAGGAGGAGACAAGACGCACCAAAGGAAAAGUUUUACUUCCAUUUUCACUCCUGCGCGUCAAAACCUCGCACUGACUGUGACUCAACGGAAAGCUUUUAAAACUUUCUCCAUGAUUGUUUGAGCCGGGCUACACGGACCUGUGGAGCUUUCACUGCUUGUUUUGGGGCUGUCAACACAAUGGGGCGCCUGUGUCUGCUCCUGGUUGUCAAUAUCUCCCUACUCACCUGCCAGGUUUUGUGCUCCGGAGUGUUUGAGCUGAAGCUGCAGGAGUUUCUCAACAAGAAGGGGAUAGCGGGGAACGUAAACUGCUGCCCUGGAGGGUCCGCUCAAGCCCACCAGCAGUGUGAGUGCAAGACUUUCUUUCGAGUCUGCCUGAAGCAUUAUCAGGCCAGCGUCUCUCCCGAGCCUCCCUGCACCUAUGGCGGUGCUGUGACUCCGGUGCUCGGGUCCAACUCCUUCCAGGUGCCCGAGACCAACGCCGACAGCUUCACCAACCCAAUCCGCUUUAACUUCGGCUUCACAUGGCCAGGGACGUUUUCACUGAUCAUUGAAGCUCUGCACACUGACUCCCUGGACGACCUGACAACAGACAACCCUGAGCGUCUGAUCAGCCGAGUCACCACUCAGCGUCACCUCACUGUGGGAGAAGAGUGGUCCAAGGACAUGCAGACAGCCGGCAGGACGGAGCUGCGUUACUCCUACCGCUUCCUGUGUGACGAGCACUACUACGGAGACGGCUGCUCCGUCUUCUGCCGGCCCCGGGACGAUGCUUUUGGACACUUCACCUGUGGCGAGCGUGGAGAGAUCAUUUGCAACUCUGGCUGGAAGGGCCAGUACUGCACUGAACCAAUCUGCCUUCCUGGUUGUGAUGAAGAACAUGGCUUCUGUGAUAAACCAGGAGAAUGCAAGUGUCGUGUGGGCUUCAGUGGUCGUUACUGUGAUGACUGUAUCCGUUACCCAGGCUGCCUCCAUGGCACCUGCCAACAACCUUGGCAAUGCAACUGCCAGGAGGGAUGGGGUGGGCUCUUCUGCAACCAGGAUCUGAACUACUGCACGCACCACAAGCCCUGUCUUAAUGGAGCCACAUGCACCAACACCGGCCAGGGCAGCUACACUUGCUCCUGCCUGCCUGGAUUCACAGGUGCCAGCUGUGAGAUCCAGGUCAACGAAUGCUCUGGAAAUCCCUGUCGCAACGGAGGCAGCUGCACUGACAAUGACAACGGCUAUAAGUGCACCUGCCCACCUGGUUUCUACGGCAACAACUGCGAGUUAAGCGCCAGUACGUGCGCAGACGGGCCAUGCUUCAAUGACGGACGCUGUGUUGACAACCCUGAAGGUGGAUACUUCUGCCAGUGCCCGAUGGGAUAUGCUGGCUUCAACUGUGAAAAGAAGAUCGACCACUGCUCCUCCAACCCCUGUUUAAAUGGUGGAGAAUGUGUGGAUCUGGUGAACUCCUACCUCUGUCAGUGUCCUGAGGGGUUUUCAGGUCCUAACUGUGAGGACACCAGCAGCAGCAUCUCUGGGUACUGUCUGUCCUUCCCGUGUCAAAAUGGUGGCACAUGCCAGGAAGGAGUGAACGGCUACACCUGUACCUGCCCUCCAGGCUACACUGGCAAAAACUGCAGCUCCCCCAUCUCCCGCUGCCAUCACAACCCCUGCCACAAUGGAGCCACAUGCCAUGAGCGCGGCGGACGCUUCGUGUGCGCCUGCGUGCCUGGUUACGGCGGUCACAACUGCCAGUUCCUCUUACCAGAUGUCCCCGUGGGUCAGCCCGUUGUCGACGGACCGGAUCGGCGAUAUUCUUUCUCAGACGGUGAAAAUGCCGAAGAUGUGGGGGAUGAAGACAACGGAUUUCCUUGGACGGCCGUGUGCUUCGGUGUCUUCCUCGUUCUUGCGAUGCUGAUCGGCUGCUCCGUGCUGGUGGUCUACGUUCGGGUCAAACUGCAGGAGCGACACAGUCACCAUGGCGACAGCGUCCACAGCGACAGCCACGAGACCAUGAACAACCUGACGACCACCAACAAUUGUCUCCGCAGUGACAAGGAACUCGGUGCUAAGAUGACAACAUCAAUUAAAAACACCAACAAGAAGGUAGAUUACCACUCGGACCUUGCUGGGUCGCUGGGAGGACUCAGUGGAAUCAGUGGGCUCAACGGGACGGAGAAGAACGGUUUUAAGACUCGUUACCCCAGUGUGGAGUACAACCUGGUCCACGAGCUCCGGCCUGAGGAGCUGUCACUGUGUAAAGAAGAGGAACAUGAUGAACCAGAGGUCAAAUGUGAAAUGCUGGAUGAGUCGGACACAGAGGAAAAAUACAGGAAGAGACAAAACAGUGAUGCAUCAGAAGAGAAAGAGGUGCUGGAGUCACCAGGCUGCAGCGACGCAAAAUAUCAGUCAUCCACUGAUUUGAACUGUCAAGCAGCAGGUGAUCUCAAAUACCAGUCCACUGGUGACGUCAAAUUCCAGUCAGCCAGUGAAGUUGAAUACCACAGUCCCAGUGGCAGCCGGUACCAGUGUACCACCGACACCAAAUACCAGUCCGUCUACGUCAUGUCGGACCAGAAAGAUGAAUGUAUCAUCGCUACAGAGGUAUGAUAUCAGUCAAGACCAGGUCAGAUCAGUCUCAUCUGGUUGAUGGCGGUCUGCACACACCAACCCUGAGCGGUAGAGCUCAACUUGUCUCCAGGAGGUUUUACUCCUGCUGUUUGCUGCUGUUCCCUGGGAUUUACCAGAGGGCUUUGAGCCAAGGUGCAGAGCAGAGUCAGUGCCUUCUUGGCGAGGAUUUAGUACUACAGUAGUACUGAGGUUGAUUUCUGGAUAUUGUUGGCCUCUAUGGAUGUAGGUCUCAUGCUGACUCAGUGCUAUGGACAGAAGACAUCAUAGGACAGAACUAGCACUCGUGCAGACUUUGUACAUAAACGGUGCUGACUGAGUACACGUGCAGUCAAGUGGAGACGGCUGGAUGAAGAGCUCGUUUGAAGUCUUCUACGCUACAAGAAGAAUCACUGCUUGCAACAGGAUCUCGUCUCACAGUGGAGUAUCGACUUGGAUGUUGACCGAUGAUAUUGUAGUACCAUGGUGUACUGAUUGAAUGAACAGUGUAGUACCUUUGGAGUACUGAGAACUUGAAGUACUGUUGUAGUACUGGUAUGGGCUGUGGUUUUACCCAAAUUGAUUUUGAAUUAAUUAAAUAGUUCAUGUUCUGUGCAGUGCUGCAGAGUGGAGCGUGAAGCGGCAGAUACAUUUGAAGUCCCUGUACCAUGUCGUCUCUUCAUUGUUUAAAAUUCAUUCUUAAAAUCUUAUUUGGAGCUUACGUGACAAAACUAAGGAAAGGAGCGACAGUGGGACCCAUCCAGCAGCUGAACAUCUCUAUCUCUGCAGCACUGACAGAAACAGCGUUGGCUGAGCUGGUUCUCAGCAGAAAGUAGAGAAUACUCCAGUAGUGACUGCAGAUCGAUCCAACAUGGAUACUGUUGGGCCAUACUGGCCUCUGACCCCUGAAGUUUGUGAUACACAGGGCAAUGUUUUGGGCAGCGCAUCUUAGGAAAGACUUUCAGCAUAAGAGGACAAACAAAGGAAAACAAAUCAGCCCACAGUGAGGUUUAAUUAUCCAUUCAUCUAUGAUUACAGUAGUUCUGUACUGAACUUCAUAACUCCCAUAUCCACUUACAGACAUUUUUUCCUGGAGUCAGUGAGAUUAGCGUUGCAUUAAUCCUGCAGCAACUCAAAAUUGACAGCGCGGUCUUUUUUCCCUGACCUCUAAUGAUGCUGUUGUUUUCCAAGUAGGCUGAGCUAGUGUCUUAACUGCCAAGACCUCAUUGCACUAAGGAGGUGUGUGUGUUUGUGUGUGUGUGUGCGCGUGUGAGAGUGAGUGUGUGUGUACAAAAAGAGGUUAUGCCUGUGUAUGGUGUCGAUGUAUGCACUGCCCACUCCCACCCCCCUCACUCCCAGUCUUCCACUAUUAUCCAAUUCAAGGACACCGUCUCCCCGCCUGCCGCUGGUUAGGAUCAUUUGUUUCUAUUUUAUUUGUUAUCUAAAGAAAGAUGUAUUCUUUUAAUUUAAUUAUGUAAUUAUUUGUGCUCCAUUUUGUUGUGAUGUUUCUGUUAAACCUGUUAUAAUUUAAGUUGGAUUUUUUUUUUUUAUUUGGCAGAUAAUGUAUGUAUGUAAGUAUGUAUGUAUGCAUGUCUGUGUUAGGCACUUGAGACCACUGUGACUGUGUUGUAUUUAAGAGAAAAGUCGUAUGUACAGAGCCUGUCAUUUUUAUUACUGGGGGGAAAAAAGCAAUAUUUUUCCAAAAUAAAAAAAGGAAUGAAAUAUAGA